UGCGCCGAUUAGAUCAAGAUUCUUGGGCGGAGCGUUGCACGUUUUAUGUCUAAGUAACCAUGUUUAUUUCUAAUUUAAAACCAGCCAAAGUUCAUAUUUUUGAAGAACUGUCUGCUGAAGUGUGAGUGAAAUUUGCCCAGACAUGGAUACUGUAUCAGACUCGAUGCUUGUGAGGGGAUUGGUGUUCAUAGGUGGCUUCACAGUGCUGUAUUACAUGCUCAAAUGGUCCUGGAUUUGCUGGUGUGGAUUCAGAGUGUAUGUGCUGUCAAAAGUUUGGCAAACUGAUUUAAAGGCAUAUGGACAAUGGGCAGUUGUCACAGGGGCUACCGCAGGGAUUGGCAAAGCUUACGCAAAUGAGUUGGCCAGAAGAGGUCUGGACAUUGUACUGGUCAGCCGGUCAAAAGAUAAACUCCACAUUGUCGCCAAGGAGAUUGAGAGCCAACAUGGACGCCAGACCCAGAUCAUCCAGACAGACUUCACAGAGGGCCAUGACAUCUACCCUGCUAUAGCUGAGGCACUACGGGACCUGGACAUAGGCAUCCUGGUUAACAAUGUAGGCAUGAACUAUUCUGACAAGUUGGUACAUUUCCUGGACAUUCCCAACCCUGAGCAGAGAACCACCCAGGUGAUCAACUGUAACAUCCUCUCUGUCACCCAGAUGACCAGACUGGUUCUCCCACGCAUGGUUUCAAGAGGGAACGGUCUGAUCAUCAACAUGUCUUCAGAGGCAGGUGCUCAACCACAACCCAUGCUGUCUCUCUACUCCGCCACCAAGAUUUUUGUGACAUAUUUUUCCAGAUCUCUGAAUUCAGAAUACAAGUCACAGGGAAUAACAGUUCAGUGUGUGGCUCCCUUUAUGGUGUCCACUAACAUGACCCACAACUUGCCCCCCAACCUGUUGUUGAAGAGUGCCAGUGCUUUUGCCCGUGAAGCUCUGAACACAGUGGGUCACUCUAGCUACACCAGCGGCUGUGUCUCUCACGCUCUUCAAAACAUUGCUCUGUCCAUUUUCUUCCCUGAUUGGCUACGCCUUUCAUCCUACUGUGUGAAGCAGACAGAGAAAUUUGCACAGAGCAUGGAGAAGAAAAUUGAUGAAAUGACAGAACUUUCUGCAAGCAAAGAGGACUAAGGAGUGCAAAGGAGGUUGCUACUGAAACGUUUGUGGUGCUUUAGAGGUCAUAUUGGAAAUUGAUAUGAGAAGUUUUACUUCAUAUGUAGAGAACUAAUUGAUCAAUGUUACUGUUUUUACAUUGACUGCCAUUGAACGGUAUUGGUUAUAGGAAAGAGAUUGUGUAAUGUUGAUGUGAUGGAAACAAGCUGACCCCAAAUCCAUCAUGAACUAUAUAGCCUGAGUGCAGCAGAGUAUGAUCUGUGGGAGACUCUCAAACAGGCUUCUAUAGUACAUAUAUUAGCUAUAUACUUAUUAGGGAUAUAGACUACAACACUAAGUGAAUGGUGGAACAUAUGCAUGUUCUGGUUGAUUUGGACAUUUAACAACAAUUUUUGGUAUCAACCGUCACAUUUUUAUGAUCUCGAUUUUCUUAAAAAUAAAUAGAAAAACAAUUA